AUGACACGCAAGUUCCUGCUUCUCUUCUUAUCCUAUGCCGCUGUGACGUCACGAGGGGAGGCUGCACAGAUCCCAGGACGCCACCGCCCCACGCCCACCCAUACUGGCCACGCCCCCGCUCACGCCCACGCUCUCAUUCCUCGACACCAGAGGCGUAAUGGGCAACCACACGCUGACCCCCUGGUUACAACAGGGAAGGUGAACAGUCCGUACGAAUAUCAGUACGCCGUUCGCCGCGAUCAAGCCACGCCCCUUUCCGGCCACGACACGCCCCUCUUCGGCCACACGGAAGCCCACAACGGACACACGAGGAAGGGCAAGUACUUCGUGCACCUCCCCGACGGCCGCGUCCAGACCGUCACUUACUACGCAGACGAGACUGGCUACCACCCCACCGUCUCCUACGAGGGGACGGCCCACUACGACGCCCACGCAGCCGUCCCUCACCACACCCCUGCCAAGGCUUACCACGCCCCUGAACCAGCUCAUCACGCCCCUGAACCAACAUACCACGCCCCUGAACCAGCUUAUCACGCCCCCGAACCAGCAUAUCACGUCCCUGAGCCAGCAUAUCACGCCCUUAGACCGAGGCACAAGACCCCAGCAUACAACACCCUUAAACCAGCAUAUCACAACCCUGGACCAACACACAGGGCCUCUAUACCAACACACGCCCCUGAACAAGCAUACAAAUACCCUAAAACCACAUACACUGCUCCUGAACAAGCUUACGACGCUCCUCAACUAAGUCGCAAAAUACCCCACGCCGUUCACCAGGCCCCUGAGCCAGCGUACAAGAUUCCUGAACCGACUUACUACACCCCUAAGCCAGCGUACGAAACCCCUGAACGAGUUUACCACGCCCCUAAGCCAACAUACACAACCCCUAAGCCAGAAUACACGAUCCCUAAGCCAACUUAUCACGCCCCUGGAUCAAUAAACCACGCCUCUGGAACAGUUAUAUCCUACACAACCCCUCAGCCAGCUUACCACGCCCCAGAACCAAGCCAGAGCACCCACGCAACCGCCCCUCACCCUCUUGCUUUGUCAUCUGACCUACAAGUGACCUCGCAGCCUCGCCACCCGACGUCUCUCGGCCUCCCCGACCUCCCGACUGCCGCGCUACCUACCCAACUGCCACCGAAACACCGAAACUCCUCACCGACGCCUUUUCCCAAGCAGACUCUUGCCGUUCCGCUCUCUGGCCUCAGCGGUCGACACUCCGCCGGCCCUGUGAUCCACGACCUCCUUUCGACCUCUGGAAUCGACUUCGACGCCGAUGACCUCCGUGGACCUGGUCCCAGACCGCUUGCUAUGAGGUCGAAUGGUCAAUUCGACGCGACGACUGCUGCUUUCGACUUGAGUGAAACUCUCUUCCGAAAUGCUGUCGACUCAUGGCCUGAACUACGACCUUGAGAGUUGGAAGAGCGAAUUUAAUCUCAGGGGGGGAAAAGAGAAACUGGCAACUCACCUCGCUUUCUGGAUCACGCCGAUUCACCGUCUCUUUUUUGUAUUUAUUUAUUCACUUAUUUACAUAUCAAUCAGCUUACACUUAAUGUUUAUUUUUUGCAUAUGUUCCGCAUUUCUGAAACUCAUAUGAUUUUUUUUUAUUAUUGUUUUAUAUCGCUUAUUUUAGUUUUGAAGGAGACUUGUCGAAUCGAGUUUUUAGUGAGUUGCCAAUUUUUCCUUUCCUGGGAUUAGACCGAAUUUAGUCAUAAGUAGAUUCUAUGUUUCAGUCACAUGUGGAUUUUAGAACAUAACAUUAUUUGUGUUUUAGUCAUUAAUAGAUGUUUAGUAGAUUACAUUACUAAUGUGUUGCAUCAUUCGUGAGCGUUGUGUCGUGUUUAUACUCAUAUUACUGAUGUGUUAUUUCAUGAGUGAAUGUUAGUAUGCCAAGUGAUUUUUCUCCUACUCAUGAAUGAGUGUUUGUAUCCUAGAUUAUGUUUUAGUCAUGAAUGAGUGUUAGUAUGAUUAUUACGGUUUUGUCAUGAACUGAUGUUAGCAAGCAAGUUUUAUUUAUGUCACUGUCAUGAAUAGGUGUAAGCAUACAGAUAAUUUAUUCUUUGUUAAUGAAUGUGUUAUUAUUCUAGAUUAUUCACGUGUUAGUCAAGAAUAGAUGCUUGUAUAUUUUAUAGUUCGUACUUUAGUUAUGAAAGAAUCUUAGUACGAUACACUAUAUCAUUUAUGCAUUGUCAUAAAUAAUCAUUAGUAUGCUAGAUUACUUGCAUAUAGUCAUGAAUACCUGUUCAUAUGCGUGUACAAUUUAUGUUCUAAUUAUGAAUGGAUGUUAGCAUAUUAAAUUACAUAUGUUAUAUAGCCACCUAGGCAUACUUAUCGGUUAUACAAAAACUGAUCUACAAGUAUGUGUUUAUGUAGAUGUGAGUGCGUGGAACAGCCAGAAAUACAUAUCUUUAUCAUUCUAUUGGGAAAUAAUACAUGUUGACGGAGGAAAAUAUAUGCCCACCAAUCCCUCUUACAUUAUUCAAUA